AUGAAAGGGCCAACGCAGGUCUUAAUAGUGUCAUUCGUCCUUAGAUGGCUGAAGGAACGCGCCGAAAACGAUACUCACUUCGUCAGCAGCCUGUUCUAUCGCAGCGCCGCGGCGAAUCGCUUGAAAACAUGUGUUCACAACCCGGCCCACCUCAAGGAAUUUCGCUGGUGUUACAAGAGACAGACCGCAGAUUCGACAGAAGAGGGCAUGCCUAAUGAUCCUCGCGACGGAAUGUCAAAUACCUCAGAUUUGGCAGAGGAGGUGCGCUUCGCGAACGUUGUUUUGGCGUAUAUGAUGGCGCUUGACAAAUGCGAUGUGUUCAUCAUGAAUCCACUCUUCGGAUCUAGCAUUCCUUACAAAGUGGCGCAGGAUCAGUUGAUUGUCGACUACUACGCUAAAGGGAGGCCAGAGCUAUCGCCGCGAUCCCUCAAUCGAACUCACUCCAGCAACGAUAGCAGCGAGUCUGGCAGCUGGAUGGACGAUUAUCCGCUCCAUCGUGCCGCCUACCUUGAUAAGCCGGAUCUGAUCAAGCAUUACCUCGCUCAAGGCUGUGAUCCUAAUCAACCGGACAGAGAUUCCUGGACCCCGUUGCACUACGCCUCCUGGUACGGGAACUUGUCAGCCGUAAAGGCGCUGCUAAAUUACGGCAACUGUUCUGUCAAUCAGCGGAAUAAGAACGGAUCUACGCCGCUUCAUUUCGCAGCCUGGUGCGGUCAUCGAUACGUGACCGAGCUGUUACUUACCCAUCCUGACAUAAAUGUGACAAUCCGCGACAACGAUGGCAAGACUCCAGCGGAUUUGUGCGACUGUGUCCCAAAGGAAGACUGGCUGGCAGUGGCGACGUUGUUGAAGAAUUCUAACGAUGGAAAGCUGCCAAAAAUUCAAAUCGACUUGCUUGACGGAAGUAACAUCAUGCUUCCGCUAAUCAACGGCAAGGAGACGCUGGCAGUCGAGUUGCAACGGGAAAUCAUAAAGGAACUGAACCUCGAAGAGAAGUGCGCAAAUCUAUUCGCCUUGUGGAUCUCGUCCCUGAGUCUUCAACUGCAGUUGAAAGCUGACCACAAGCCGCUUCAGCAUCUAAUUAAAUGGAAAGAAAAGAUCCUACCACAGUGGGUUGACUGUCAAGAGCAUUCGCUCGAAGAGCCAAAGCUUUCUUUUCGCAGAAACGCACGGAUCAGCUUAGCAGAAGAACGACAGGCGAGAAUCGAAAUUUCACUUAUAAUUUUCUGCCGUCAUAAAUUUUAUAUAAACAGUUGCCAUUCGCAAAUUGUUGCAAUUUUUCAACUUCUAAUUAUCGAAUUAAACGAAUCUGCAUUGGCGUUGCUUUUUCACGAAGCUCAUAGCAACUUCGUUAAAGGACUUUAUCCGUGCGAAAAUCAAGACGUGAUUUAUUUGUCGGCUGUAGUUAUUCAAAUUAUACACGGUGACUUCGAUUCGAAGAAGGAUAGACAGCUUUUUAAAAAGUAAGU